ACUGCACUCUUAACCCGGAAGCUAACCGCACCAAUAAUGUGUCGGAGGAAACACAGUACAUCUGGUGACCAAACUCCAUGGGACCAACACGUUUAUAUUUUUGUUCAGUUAUAAAGUUGGGAACGUUUUGUUUUCAUCCCGCACAGUACCUGGCAGCAAUACAAGUUUUUGGGUGUAGGCUGCCAAUAAACCUUCAAAGAAGAAGCAGGAAGGAGAGAAGGUCACAAUUCCAAGAUGGCAGCGCGCUGUGUGCUGGGGUCUAUUUGGACCUCUCUAUCUGGUGUUAAAAGUAUGGCCAGCAGCAGCAAUAUGAGUGUCUUUCAGAGUAUAACCAAUUACCCUCAACUCUCGGUUUUUGGGAUUAUUCAAAGUAGAGGAAUUCGACAAGUCGUGGAAAAGAAAGAAGGAAAAACAACAAUAAUUGAGGGGUUAACACAGGAUACUCUAGCCGGACCACAGCCACCCAACCCCACAGCCCAGUGCCCCAUCUACCAAUGGAACCUGCAAAACAAAUACAACUACACAGAUGUCCUGUUGCUCAGUCAGUUCAUCAGGUCUGAUGGAGGAAUGCUGCCUCGUAGAGUCACUGGUCUCUGUGCCCAAGAGCACCGCAAGAUUGCCAUCUGUGUGCAAAUGGCGCAUAGAGCAGGUCUUCUCCCCGAUCACAAACCACCUCUCCCAGAGGGACACGUACCAAAGAAGCCCAAGCCCCAGCUCAACAGAUACCUGACUCGCUGGUCCAUUGAUUCAGUGAAGCCCAUCUAUAGGGCAGGGCUGAAGUGGUGUAAGAAUCGCAUCUCUGUCGGCCACCCAGCUCUCAGAAACAAUGUACAAUACGGCAAGAAAAUCCUCUACCUGAAACAUUGACGACAUGGGGGCAUGUCAACCCACAGCAGUAGGAGUCGGUGUGGGAGGGACAUAGAAUUGCUGCACCCCAUCUAUCGGAUGUCUAUCCCCAUGGAACUCCUGCCUCAUUUGGGACUCGUCCAUUGACUUUGAAAACUAGCCUUUUGAACAGCUGAGGGAGCGUUUGUAUUUGUCCAACCUAUUUAGUGGCCGUUACCCAAUUGGAACAAGUCAUUCGGCGCAAUACCCAGAAACAACACCCAUUCCGUCAUUCGGCCUUUGAAGAUGCCCUGAAAAUUAACUCUGGAAAAACUAAAUUUAUCCCAAGGGCAAUUGGGCCAGUGGAACAACUCUUUCAAUGUAGGUGGUAUGUUGACAUUGUGUACUUCAAGACAGAUGUGCAAAUAAAACAGAUCUGCUUACUCUCCCUCCACUAGCUGUAUACCGUGUGGGAUUGCAUGAGUAAGCAUUUACUGGGCCUAUUAGCAGAAGUAGCCAAGUGCAUGUGAAAGUAAACUGAAUGAUUUUUGUUUCUGUUUAUUUAUGUUAAAUAACAGGAAAGAAACAUCUAUUGCAUAAAUAUAACUCAGUUCUAGCUGCUUUCAAUGUGGGUGGGGAUGAAACACUGCUUUUCUCAGAUGAGUGGUUGAUGGUAUUUUUUAAAUAUUUUUUUCAGUGUCUCACUGGCUCGUUUAAAACAUGAAGUGCAGGCCCAGGUUCUUUGAGACUGUCGCCCAUGUAGAUGAAUCUGUGCUAGGGUGUCAAGGGUUCUUCAUAGGUGGUCAGGCCCAGCCACAGCAUGCUGCUGAUCACACACAGUACUGCUGUGCUCAAACCGCUAGAGCCACAACCCUACACACACACUGAUGGUUUGAAAGUCUUUAUAACCCCCAUCUGCUGCUCCUCAAAUGACUCUUCAUAAAUCGGGACCACGUACAGGUCUCACAUUACUCCCAUUACUGAUUCCGCUAUUCCCAAUGGGGGGAAUCAAGUCCCAAGAUACGCAGGUGUAAAUGGAACUUAUUCCUUUUUCUCACUGCGCAUUCUGACCUUGAACUUAAGCAUGAGGAAACCGGUACCAGGGAGCUAUUUGUUUGGGGUGGAGAUCACAGAAAUGGAGGUGUGGCAGAGGUCUGUCUACUGAUAUACUUAUUCUGACCUUAACUUAAUUCUACCAUCUUUACACGUGAAGAAAUCAUGAAUAAGGUCAAGUGAACCUGUCCGUUCCAAGUGGAAAAACCUCUACUUUCUCUUUUUAGAUAGAAAUAACAGCCUUCUCCAUGCACUGUAAUUUAUACAUUGGUCAUAUACCUAGCUCUUAUCAAUCUGGUUGGAUAAAACUAUUGUAAAUACAGUGCCUUCAGAAAGUA